AUGCUGCUCUCCAAAGGCAUGCCGGUCCUCCAGGUGAGGCUUGGCCACGCCUUAUUAACCGUGGCGACUGUUGGGCUCCUCUGCUGGGCCAUCAGACUUCACCAACAAUAUUUGGCCCUUGCGAUUGAUGUGCAGGACACGAAUCCGACGGGUGAUUCCUUGCCCGAGGAGGAAUACCUCGAGAGGCUCACUGGUCGCUAUGUACUCGGCAACUUGACGGAAUGGCAAGCCUGGAGAGUGCAAACCUCUCGUGUCCAGUCUUUGGCCGCGGGUUCAGUCACCGAUGUACACGCAGACUUCCAACCGGACCGGGAUGCUCCCAAGGUCAUCCACGUUGACAACCCAAGUCCUACCGAUUUGCGUGCGUCAAAGGGAUUGGAGCUUGCUGUCCAUGCCGACCAGAGACAGGACGGACCAUAUGCAUCCAUUUUCAUAUUUGGCAUUUCCACCUCGUACAGCCGCAUUGUCGAGAAGGACCGGGCGAUUCUGCGGGCGUGGAAGCGCUGGUUGACCAAGAGCGACGGAACCACCAACGGCGCCAGUCUGGUCCUCAUGCUUGACAAUGCCACCGAGGAACAGCUCAACGAGAUAGACAAGGCACUUGAAGAAGCGGGCAUUGACGUGUACGCUUCCUCAACUGCCGAGCCCACAUCCAAAAUCCGCAGAUACCAUGAACUGAUUCGCGUCAUGAAGUCAUACGGUGCCACCAUCGCCGCAAGUGGCCAGGAGAAGCAUUGGUUCGCAGUCGUAGAAGACACCGUCUUCUUUCCCAGCCUUUCCCAUCUCCAUCAACGCCUUUCAACCUACGACGUCAGCAAGCAGCUCUAUGUCAGCAUCCCCGGUGAAGAGACGGACGGGCAGAAAGACGGCAGAUCUGUCACCAAGUACGGUGCAGGCGCCAUAUUCUUGACCAAGCACGCCGUGUCUUUGAUUCCCAAGCUCUCCUGCAUGGAACUUGACGAGGCCCCCAAGCAGCCAUUUCACGGACAGAGGUGGGACGCCGAGCUGAAGAAGUGUCUCGAAAAGCAGACCAGCAUUGACAUGCAUGUCAUUCCUGCAUUGCACGCGCCGAACGAGGCCAGCUAUGAGCCCCCUCUCGAGGGCCACGGAAUUGGCGUGCGGCCACUUUUGCUUAACGACUACGAAUACCGACACCGCCUCGACGUGGGCAUGGCGCACCUGGUGACUGAUGCUUGUGGCGACGCAUGCUUCAUGCACCAAUAUUUAUUCCACGACAACUGGGUCAUCAUCAACGGCGUGUCGAUAAGCCACCACCCCGAUGGACUCAGCCAUCACCGGCACUCCCGCAAUGCUGCAGGAAAGGGACACUUGUUUAAGGAUGCUCAACGGUCUCGCGUCUCGAGCCAAACAUCCGCUCACCAAGAUGAGGCCGAGAGGAGGCCAGUGACGUGGACAGGGCGAAGGGAUGUGUGGCGCCUGCUUGAUUCGACAAAGGCGUCGGACGAAACCAUAUGGCAAGCUUAUAUAAAGAGGGGAGGCAAGCCAGCCAAGGAGGACGGGGGAAAGCCGGAUGGACUGAAGGAACUCGAUUCGAUUAUUGUCUUGAUUUGGGAAAAGAGGCAGCAUUAG